AUGCGUGAUCAUCAUCCCUAUCGCCCCGCCACUACCAAUCACUGUAUCACCACAUCUUGCUUCUCCGUCUCCGCACCAACUAGUUCCUCGUUUAGCCAUUUAGUACCUCCUCUUGUGCGCGUAGACAUCAGUGUCGUUCUCCGUCCUGCCCACCCACCAUCACCCCACACGGCCCUCAUUGCUGCAGCUCCGCCACAUCCCCUUCCCCUUCCCUACCUCACGCUCUUUACCACACGCCUCUUCCUCCACCACGACAGCUCCCUCAUCAUGCUCACCCAGAACGGAAGGGUAGUCGCUGUCGAGGAAAUCUCGCAGCAGUACUCGACCGAACAAACGAUGGCUGCCAAAGAACUGGCAGCGGAGAACCAGAUCCACGUGGCGCUGCCCGAGGAGGUGAGGGAGCGCCGCCGCUCUCGUCAAUCGUCACAGCAGCGUAAUGGGUCCCACGAGACCCCGACCACUUCCUACGGGGAGGCGGCGCCAAGGCAGACGGCCUCGCGCGUGUUGGUGCGGAUGCCGAAUGAAGUGCGCCGCAGGCGAAGCCUCUCUCGCGAGGCCCGCAAGAGCCAUAACCAUACGCAUCCGGAGGAGAACGAGAUGCCGGGCGCCACCUCUACAGCCACACCCAAGACCGCCCCUCUGUUGACUGGCAAGAAUGGCUAUGGUAGCGCGGAGAAGCAGUGUCCAGAGCCGGAGCCGCCCGCCAACGGCUCAUCCAUGCAGUUCGCUGGCGAGGAGGCAGUCGAUCAGGACCCGCCGACGGAACCCUUGCCCACAGUCCACGACGCUGAGAGAUCCGGGAAUUUCAUCAAUACGGUCUCUCACCUGGAGAUGGAGUUGACGGAGAGCAACCCCGCUUCUGUCGUCGAGGAGGUUAACCAGGAAACGGGGGGUAAUGCGGCGUCUCACGAGAACAAUGAUGCGUACCCGAUGAUCACGGAGAAGGAGAAAGGUAAGCACAGGUGUUGCAUGGUAAUGUAA